GAACUUAGAGCUUUUCACGAAGAUGGCGCCGAAAGCGAAGAAGGAAGCCCCCACCCCUCCCAAAGCCGAAGCCAAAGCAAAGGCUUUGAAGGCCAAGAAAGCAGUGCUGAAAGGCGUCCACAGCCACAAAAAAAAGAAGAUCCGGACGUCACCCACAUUCCGACAGCCCAAAACACUGCGGCUCAGAAGGCAGCCCAAAUAUCCUCGGAAGAGCGCCCCUAGGAGAAACAAGCUUGACCACUAUGCCAUCAUCAAGUUCCCCUUGACCACCGAGUCAGCUAUGAAGAAGAUAGAAGACAACAACACACUUGUGUUCAUUGUGGAUGUCAAAGCCAACAAGCACCAGAUCAAACAGGCUGUGAAGAAGCUCUAUGACAUUGACGUGGCUAAAGUCAAUACCCUGAUUAGGCCUGAUGGAGAGAAGAAGGCAUAUGUACGACUGGCUCCUGAUUAUGAUGCUGUGGAUGUUGAAAACAAAAUUGGAAUCAUCUAAACUCAGUCCAGCUGGCUAAUUCUAAAUAUAAAAAUUUUUACUA